ACCUUCAAUAAACAGUAACAUAAUCAUUAGUAUACGAUAACUCUUUUAACCACACAAAUGAGUUAUAAUAAAUAUAUUAUUUUGUUCUUAUUCAUGUAUAAAUCAAGUAAUGGAAAGAUUAAUUUAAAUAUAAAAGUAGCUUCUAAUGAGAAUGACAUAAAUAUAGCAUUCUUUGGACACGAUAAUAAAUUGGUUGGUGACGCCGAAGUAAAUCUAUUCAAUAUAACGAAAGACAAUCUUAAUAAAGGACUCAGAGUUGAAUUGGGGAAAGUGCCAGACGAUGUUUUCCUAACAGAUCCCACGCCUUAUUAUAAUCUUUACGAGAAAUACGAUUGGCCUGAAGUGAAACGUCAAGUGUACGUGAAAAAUAUUAGUGUUUUGUAUGUUACAAACGAAGAAAUACUGAUAAGUUCGCAUGAACAUGUCAACAACUCGACAGAUACAGUUAAAUCUAGCAAAGAAAUGAUUCGUAAUGUAGAAGCUACAAUAGCCUCCACGUGGUCUAAUGAAGGAAUGCCAAAAGAUAACAUUUUGUACGACAUAAAUAUUGAUUUCCGUACAAAACAAUACAAAUACGAAAACAAAUGGAGAGACGAUGCUCUUCGGAGUGUUUUUAUACCUUUUGGUGUAGCUAAAAAGGGUUAUAUUGAUUUAAAAUCGGGAAGAACUAUAGUUAAACACCUGAGGGGAAAGAGAACUUACAUAGUUUUGGAAGUCGUUUUCUCUGCACAACUUAUUGGUAGUGUAAUAGCUGAUUUCGCUCAAUUGUAUGGUAAAUAUCAUUUUUGGGCGCCAAGUGUACAAAAUAUAAUGAAAGCUGCAGAUCUUAAUAAUGAAAUUGUGACUAAAGAGAGAAUUGAAAUUAGAUGUUACACGGAUCCAAAGUUAGAAAUUUAUGAUAAGGAGACAGGGAAAGUUAUAAGAUUGGAUAGAAGAUUAAAAAUAAUUCGUAAAGGGAAUAGACUUUAUAAAAUUAUAUAAAAUGAUCCAUA